ACAAUAAUUGAGUUUUCCCCUCCCAAUCACUGCCACCAUCCCAGCACCCCUCAUGACUAUCGAGAGACCUAGGAAGGCUCGGUUUUUGUUAUGUCUGCCCGACGAAUUGCUCGUUGAGAUAAUCUCCCGUAAGCCCUUUCCCGAUACCCUUCCUAUUGACUGCUGACCCAGAAAGACCUACCCCCGAAGGACGUUAUUCCGCUCCACGCAACCUGUCAUCGCCUACGAACCCUAACUCGACUUGACCCGACUCUCUGGCGAUCGCUCUGUUCGUACCGCGAAGGCUCGUCUCUCACCGUACUAACUCCCCCUCGAGCACCCCUCUCCGAUGUAGAAUGUGCCACCAUAGAUUGGUACACUGAAUACAGAUUCCGUAAUGCCCCUAUGAGGAUGCGCUGGGUUGGGACUGGCUCCCCGACUAUGGGAAACGAGGUGAAGGGUAUCGGGGCAUUCCCAUCGAGGGGCGGGAGUGUUGAGGAUGACAUGAUCGUUUCGGCAUCAUCUGACGGAAGCGUCAAGAUCUGGAGUUUACAGGAUGAUUACGCUGCCAAGGAAGUUGGAAAAUCUGAAAGGGGGUUGAUAUUUUCGCAAAAGAAGAGAGCGCCAGCCCUUGAGGAUCAACAGAAGAAGAUACGAGAAGCGGGGAUCGUGGAUGGUGUUUCCAUCGAUGCAACGGCGGGCAGGAUAUGGGUUGCUGGAGAGGAUGGCUUGGUUGAGAUCGUAAGUGCUACUGGACCCAAUAUCGUAAUCUCCUAUCGCUGACUUGGUUAGGAUUUGAUAUCUCUGAAAAGAAUCUCAACCCACCGCUUCCCAUUCGCUAUCAUGUCGCUUUCUCAAACCUCCUCCCCAUACCCCUUGACAAUAGGCACUACCCUAACCCUACAUAUGCACGAUUCCAGGGUGUCGCCAAAUUCUCCCCUACCUGCCCACGCCCAUCUCUUUCAGCCCGGACCCUUAUCCAUCCUUCACUCCGGCUCAAGUAUAAAGGUAGCCGGCCGAUUCCCGUCACUAUUGUCAUACGACCGUCGAGCUUGGCCAAAGCUCACCUCAACAAUCCAUUCCGGCGCCCGGCUCUGCGGGUUAACAACUAUUGGUACUUCGGGUGUUGCCGCAUGCGGAGAAUACAAUGGUAAAGGAACACUAGAGAUAUAUCCCGGUCCAGGAUCACUAUCCCCUGUUGUUAAAAACCGGCAAACUGCCGCCAGAAGCAAAAUCCUCACUGUAGCGUCACACGGGAGUUACCUGGUUACAGGUAAUGCAGAGGGGUGUAUAAGCUUUUUCGAAAGGGAUGCCAGAACAGUGAUUCGUGAGCAUUGGGUUGAGGGUGGGGGGAGAACCUCCUCUGGUAUAUGGAAUGUGGGUGAGGAUGGGGGUGAUGUCAUUCGGCGGGUGAAGCCCCUGCGGGGCGGGGAUGGAAAGAUAUUGGUAUGGGCAGGUGAUAGGCUUGGGCUGUUGGGCAUUGGAAAGGAGCAACAAGAGAUCUCAGAAGAGGCGGUGUGCCCCGAAGGUGAGGAGGAGGAGUACUUGAUGAAGAUGAGAGAGUUGUUGAGACGGCAGGGUGAGGAAGUUAGGAUCUUGGAAGGUAUGGGGCUGUAGUGCGUAUAGAUUAACAUUACUUCAGAGAAUAGGGUAGUCUCCCGGACCUCUACCUACUGACUCUAGGGAGCAGCGCUCGGGGGCGUGGAAGGCAUUGUACCACUAAUUUCAGCAUCUGGGUGGCAUCAUAAAUACCGAUUCCGCAUA